AUGCUCUUAUGUCAAACCACUAUCACGAGCGUCGAACGUCUCGAGGCCCUGUCCCGUUUACGGUUUUCCAACCGUAUUCGCGCACUCGAGAUAUACUCUGAGUUGGAAUGUCGGUUACCGAAGAGCUUGCGAUACGGUCCAAGCUUGGACACAACGAAAUCGCCUUGCAUUGGAACCACGCUCAGCGAAUCUGACGUGCGAAACUUGUUCAGUGCUAUCUUUCGGCGUCUACCGAAUCUGAAGAGUAUCACGCUUCGCGCACCUCCCAAGCUGGAAGGGAUGGCUGACAAAUUGUGCUACCCCGUGAUUUCAACAUCCAAUCCUUUGGCAAUGGGUAUUAUGGGGUUCCGUCCCGAAUUGUCGAGACCCUAUCCACCAAAACACACCCAUAUCAUGCAUGCGCUUCCCAUAUACAGAGUCAUGCAUGCUCUGGUAGACACCAUACGACUUGCGCCACAGCAGCUUGAAGAGUUCAGGGUUGUAGGGUUCGGGUUGAAGUGGCAGACUUGGCUACUGGGGACUCCAAAGUCGCUCUUCGAGGCGAUUUCACCUGCCUUACGUGGCUUAACGUCAUUGAACCUGGAACUCGACAUGGCCACCUUGAAGACUGAUGCAUACAUGUUAGCCCUCGUCAAGCUUAUCAAUACCAAUGCAAAUCUCCAAGCAUUGGCUUUGUCUGUUGGCGAUCAGGGUAUCGAUAAGUAUCAGAAUCGCAAUGAGAGUUGGGCUCCUCUGCUCCAGCUACUGGGCGGCAGUCCUCCAUUCCGCCUACGUUCGCUCCAUAUCAACGGACUCGUUACGAGCACUACUGCACCUACACUCGCGAGGAUCAUCAACGUACACUCCUCCACGAUCCACCGCAUUGUCCUCAAAAACACGAACUUCCAUUACCCAAAUACCAUUCGCGCUUUCUUCACGGCUUGCGCCAAUUCGGCCGUAAGCUACUACGAGACCGAGAACUUCUACUUUCAUGAGAGGACUAUGAUAGUAGGCAGGUAUCUUGCUGAUGAUAUUUUGGAGUACGACAAUGCAGAACUGCAUGAAGAUGUCAACAACAACCACUGUGACUCUGAUGCAUCCUGCCACGAUUGGGUAAAAGUGAAUUGGGACAGUUUUGAGAAGGAGGAUAAAUGGAAGUUGGUCUUCGAAAAUGAGCAAGGGCAGAAGCGGCGUAGCUACAUGUACGAUAACUUCAUGAACGUGGUGGAGAUGGUCAAGGAGGGCACUCUGAGAGACUCCUAA